CAUAUGUCAAAUAACCUAUGAUGUUUGUUUAUUUUCAAAAAUUUUGUUUGUUGUUACUUUUAAAUCAUAAUCACAACAAUUAUAUAGAUAAGAUUCAUAAUAACUAAGAGUUCCAUAUUCAAUGGACUCCUUAAUUUGUAGGAUUUGCCUCGACAAAACCGGUACUGUAUCUGUCUUCGACAAAGAAAGUGACAAUAUCCAAUACAGCGCCAAAUUAAUGCGUUUAGUGAACAAUAUCGUCUCCGAAGAAGAUGGUUUACCGAGUAUGAUGUGCUAUACUUGUGCCAACGAUCUUUCGUUGGCGUAUCAAUUUGUACAGAAAUGUGAAGCUUCAGAUAAGGCAUUGCGAUGUUUGAGCGCGCCGAUCGAACUAUAUUCAGAUUUACAAACAAAUAUUGAACUAAAUAUAAAGGAAGAAGAUGUAAAGCAUGAAAUUGACGAUUGUGACGACCAAGAUGGUAGUUUCUCUAAUAGUUUCUUAUUGGAAAAUUGUUCAAAAGAGUAUUUUCAGCAACAAAAAGAGUCGAGUACCACAGUAGAAAUUAUCGACGAAAGAAAUAUUGCAAUUGAAAUUGAAAAAGAAAGUGACAGACAAGACAGUAAGUCGGAAAACUCAUUAAAUGAACAAAAUGAUAGUAAUGAUACAAAUUCUAAGAUUAUUAAAGGUAAAUUUCGUCGAAACAAAGUGAGACGUGGAAGAUUAGGCCCGAUACAGUGUGUUAUCUGUGGUCUCAUGACAUCUAGCCCUUCUGCAAUGGAGAUCCAUAUGCGUACUCAUACUGGAGAAAAACCAUUCAUAUGCACAUCGUGUGGGGCAAAAUUUAGUUCUAAAGGCUUAUUGAAAAGACACAAUGAAACAUUUCAUUCAACAAGAGAACGUAAAUUCACUUGUGAAACAUGUGGAAGUAGCUUUUUUAGAAAAAAUGACAUCAUUUCACAUUUAAGAGUCCAUACUGAUGAAAGGCCUUAUGUUUGUCCUUACUGCUCGAAAAGAUUUCGACAAGUAGCCUCCAGAAACCGUCACCAAAUAGUUCACACUGGAGAAAAGCCAUUCUCAUGUCCUAUUUGUAAUAAAAAAUUUGCCCAUAAAAGUCUAGUUAAGAAGCACCAGAGUGUGCAUAGUGAUGAAAGAAAAUAUGCUUGCCAUUUAUGCAACAAAAGUUUUAAAUCACGACCAGCAUUAAAUGUACAUAUUGGCUUACACACCAAUGAAAAACAAAAUGUCUGUAGUUUCUGUGGCAUGGCAUUUGCUAUGAAAGGUAAUUUACAAACUCACAUCCGCCGAAUUCAUUCAGAGAAAUCUGGACAAUGUUCAGUUUGUCUCAAGACAUUUUCUGAUUUAGAGGUACACAUGCGUAAACAUACAGGUGAAAAACCAUACAUUUGCGGAACAUGUAAUGCAGCAUUUGCAGUCAAACGGAGUCUGGCACACCAUAUGAUAUUUAAACACGAAAAUGCAGGCAAAUUCAAAUGUUCCAUAGGAGAUUGUACUAAGACAUUCCCAACGGCAACUAUGCUAGAGUUUCAUCUUUUAAAACAGCAUACAAACCACACACCUUACACCUGCCAGCACUGCCCCAGACGAUUUUUCCGCACCAGUGAUUUGUCGCGACACUUGCGAGCUAGCCAUAUGGACAUAAAUUUCAAACCAUCUUUGAAACCCCUUGUUGCUAAACCUGUAAUGUACAGCUAAGAGCUUAUAAGACUGAGUGCUACGUACUAGUCAGAUAUAUAAGUACCUAAAAAAUAAAUAAGAGCAUUGAAGAUGUGUUUAAAAACUAUUUAUUAAUGAAAAACUCAUCAUCAGCUCCUACAAGGACAAUUUUAAAAUAUAUGUUAAGAUUUUCUUGUCAUUUUUUAUAUUUGAUAUUUUAUAUUAUUCUUAUUUUUUGUAUAUAUAGCACAAAUAUUUUCUUAAGCUUAGAUUUGAGUCAUAAAUAAAUAUUUUGUUUGUAUAUCGAUCAUUAGAUAGUAUAAACUUAAAAAUAAAACCUCAUAA